AAUCCUCAUCAAAUCUUGAUGUUUUAAUUUAAUUUCUUUCGGUGACCAUCAGUGGCCAUUUUUUUCUUUUGAUGAUCAUAAUUUUGUUGCCAUAAUACCGUUCGAUUAUCAUCGGUUGUUGAGUUAAUUUCCUAUUUACACAAAAACAAGAAAAGAAAAACAUCUGAAGUGAAAAUGGCCGUCAUUACACAGCCAACAUUGCCAUCGUCAACAACAACUGAAAUUGAUUCUUCACCACCGCCACCACCAUCAUCAACAUUAUCAUCUGCAGAAAUAGUCGAUCAAAGACCAACAACACCAAUACCGAUUGAAUCUUUUAAAAUUGGUGAUCCGGUUUGGUUUGAUGAUGGUAUCAAUGAAACAUUAACACCAGGAAUCGUACAUAAUGAUUGUUCUGAUUCAAAUCAAAUAAUUAUUGUACAUAGUACAAUUCCAGGUGAUCAGACAAAAGAAUAUAAUGUACAGAAUACACCGAAAACCAUUCAAAAACGUUUGGAUUUUUUACCAAAUAUUAAUAAUCAAAAUAAUGGUGAAGAUGGUAUUGAUGAUAUGAUUAAUUUAAAUGAUUUACAUGAAUCAGCUUUAUUCUGGAAUCUUAAAAAACGAUAUGAGCGUAACAAAAUCUAUACAUUUAUCGGUGAUAUUCUUAUAUCAUUAAAUCCAUAUAAAAUGUUUGAAAUUUAUGGUCUAAAUAUUGUUAAAAAAUAUCAAAAUUAUAAUAAUAAUUAUCAAUUUUUUUAUCAACAACAACAACAACGUUUAUCACAGCCACCACAUUUAUUUAAAAUUGGUGAUUUAGCAUAUCAAAAAUUACUGAAAGAUAAUCAAAGCCAAAGCAUUUUAAUAUGCGGUGAAAGCGGUUCAGGAAAAACAGAAAAUACAAAAUUAUUAUUACAAUAUUUUGCUGCUAUUAAUAAAUCACCAUCAAAUAUAAUAACUGAACAGAUUUUAGAAUCAAUACCAUUAUUGGAAACAUUUGGUAAUGCAAAAACAAUACUGAAUAAUAAUGCAAGUCGUUAUUGUAAAUAUAUUGAAAUCUAUUUUAACAAUAAUAACGGUAUUAUUAGUGGUGCUCGUACAAUUGAAUUUUUACAUGAAAAAUCACGAAUCGUUUCACAUAAUCAAAAUGAACGUAAUUUUCAUAUUUUCUAUGAAUUAUUAGCCGGUUUAAAUGAUUUGGAAAAAGAAAAAUAUGGUCUACAAACAGCGGAAAAAUAUUUUUAUCUUAAUCAAGGAAAUUGUAUUGAAAUUGAUGGAAAAGAUGAUUCAGAAGAUUUUCGUUUUUUAAUUGGUGCUAUGCAAGUUUUAGGUUUUACCAAUGAAGAACAGGAUAUAAUAUUUCGUAUAUUAUCAUCCAUUCUACAUUUAGGUAAUGUUUAUUUUCAUCGUAAACAAUUUCGUCAUGGACAAGAAGGUGUUGAAAUUGGUAGUGAUGCUGAAAUUCAAUGGAUAUCACAUCUAUUACAUAUACCUAUUGAAGAUUUAUUCAGAAUAUUAACAUUGAAAAUAACUGAAACACGAACUGAAACAAUUCAUACACCAUUAAAUAUUGAUCAAGCAUUAGAUAUUCGUGAUGCUAUAUCAAAAUUAUUAUAUAUGAGUCUGUUUACAUGGCUUGUACAUCGUAUCAAUCAUAUUGUUUAUAAAAGUGGACUAUCUUCAAGACGGCCAAAAAUAGCCGUACUUGAUAUGUUUGGUUUUGAAAAUCUAAAAGAAAAUAAUAGUUUUGAACAAUUAUGUAUAAAUUAUGCAAAUGAAAUGAUGUUCAAUUAUUAUAUUAAAUGUAUAUUUAAAUUAGAACAAGCUGAAUAUAUGAAGGAAAAAAUUGAAUGGAAAAAUAUUGAUUAUCCGGAUAAUCAAUCAAUUAUCAAUUUAAUUUCAAAAAAACCUAUUGGAAUAUUAUCAUUAUUAGAAGAUGAAAGUAAUUUUCCAAAAGCAAGUGAUAAUUCAUUUUUAGAAAAAUGUCAUUAUAAUCAUGCAUUAAAUGAUAUAUAUAGUCGUGCUAGAAUGAAUACAUUAGAAUUUGGUAUUAAACAUUUUGAAUCGCAAGUUUGGUAUAAUGUUGAAGGUUUUCUAGAAAAAAAUCGUAAUAUUUUAAAAAUCGAUAUUGUUGAUCUAUUUCAAUCAACUAAAAUGCCAAUUAUGAAUAAAAUUUUUUAUUAUUCACGUGAAUUAACCGAUAAUGGACAUCGACAAUCGCAACAACGUAUUGAUGGUAGAUUUACUACAAUGAAACCACGUGCACCAACUGUAUCGGCACGUUUUCAAGAAUCAUUAGCCAAUCUAUUUGAUACUGUUUCACAAACAAAUCCAUGGUUUAUUCGUUGCGUUCGACCGAAUAAUAAUCGUGAACCAAUGAAAUUUGAUGAUAAAAUUGUUUUUGCACAAAUCAAACAAUCCGCAUUAUUGGAAACAAUAAAUGUUCGCAAAGAUGGUUAUCCAGUACGAAUGAAAUAUACACAAUUUGUAUCACGUUAUCAUAUUUUUAUAAAUACUAGUCAAUUACCAAGAGGUACACCAUCAAAAGAGAUAACUCGAUUGAUUAUUGAAAAAUAUUUGACAAACGAUAAUAAUGGUUAUCGAUUAGGAUUUUCGAAAAUAUUUCUUAAAGAAUCAACUGAAACUAUAUUGGAAAAAGAACGAUAUCGGAUAAUGAUAAAAGCUGUUUCAAAAAUUCAAGCUUAUAUUCGUGGUUAUCUGGCUAGACAUCGUUAUCAUAAUAUGAAACAUAGUGCCGUACAUAUUCAACGUGCUUAUCGUGGUUAUAUACAACGUCGUAAUUAUCAAACAUUAAAACGUGGUAUGGUACGUUUACAGGCUACAUUUCGUGCUAGACAACAACGAAAAGAAUUUGAACAAUUUCGUACAACAUUAAAACAUGAAAAAGAAAGAAAAUUUAUUGAAAAUAAAGCUAAAAAAAAUAAUAAUUUAUCAUCAUCAACAUCGAAACAGUCGAAUGGUGGUCAUUCCAAUUCAACAAAUGGUGGUGGCGCUGAUGAUGAUGGUAAUGGUACAUUUAAUGAUCAAAAUUUUCAUGAUCCAGAAUUAGCCAAUUUAAUGGAUAAUUUAGAACAAUGGAAAUGUAUUCAUCAAUAUGGUGAUAUUAUUAAACAGAUAAAAGCUGUUAUACCAUCAAAACAACCAAAUAAACUACCAAAUGAUAUUGAUCAUCAUUCAUUUGCAAAAUUUACAAAUAUUUAUUUUCGUUCACAACAAUGGCAAGCUAAACAACAACCGAUUAAAACACCAUUUUUACAGAAAAAUUCGGAAAAAGAUUUUCAUGAAUCCAUUUCGGUAUUUAAUUUAAUAUUAAAAUUUCAAUAUGAUCAAGAAUUAUCAGGGAAAAAAGAAAAACUUUUGGCCGAUUAUAUUGUACAAAAAGGUCUGACAAAUUUAAAUUUACGUGAUGAAAUUCUUUGUCAAUUAUGUAAUCAAACAUGGCAAAAUGAUAAUAUUGAUUCAUGUGAUCGUGCAUGGACAUUAAUGAUAUAUUGUCUUAGUUCAUUUUCACCAAGUCCAUUACUUUAUAAAUAUUUACUGAAAUAUGUUUCGGAUCAUGCACCAAAUUUAAUUCGUCCAAUUCUACAACGAUUAUUAUUAACAAAUAAUCAUUAUGAACAAUAUAAUUGUCGAGCUUAUCCACCAUCACUAUUAGAAUGGAAAGCAAUUUCGAAAAAUUGUGGUACAUCUAUCGAAGUUAAUAUGGCUAAUGGUGAUCAAAAACUUUGUCAAAUUGAUUCAUGGAGUACAGCCGAACAAGUUACUACUGAAUUAUUAAAAUCUAUUGGUUUUCAAAACAAUCACAAUGGUUGGAGUAUUGAUUUUGAAGAUAAUUUUGGUGAUAUUUAUUCAUUAAAUGGUGAUGAUUAUAUUUUAGAUAUGAUAUCACAAAUAGAAUUAUUACCACAAUUUCCAUCAUCAAUAAAUUAUUUUAUUGGUUGUAGUAGUCAAACAAGAUUGUUAAUGAUGAAUGGUACAAAAAAUAUGCAUAUCCAUUCAGCACAUAAUCCUGAUCUAAUUAAUAAAUUUAAUGUACGUGAAAUUAUUGAACAAAAUUAUGAAAAUAAAUUACCAAAUAAACAAUCUCAUCAUCAUCAUCAUCAUAAUCAACAUUUGUUUUUAAAAUCAAAUGUACAACGACAAUUGAAUCAAAAAUUACUUCGUUCAAUGUCAGGUGAAACAUUAUUACGUACCGAUAAUGAUGAUGAUAGAAUUGGUUUUGGUUUAGCUGUUCAUAGUAAACUGAAUGAACGUUAUUUAAAGAAUGCAAGUUCAUUUGCAACAUUUACACAUUUGAUUGAAGAAGAAUCAACCGCAACUGCAUUGGAUCAACACGAAAAUGAACAAAAAUUAAAAUUAUCGGAAAAAAGUCGUCUAAAUCAACGAUAUAUAUCGAAUUUGAAUCAAAAAUCACCAAUAUCAAUGGAUAUGAAAAAAUCAAAAGAAUUUCGUAAUAAUCGUAAAAAUCUUUAUACACGUAAAGGUGAUAAACAAUCAUCAUCUUCGGAUAAAUUACUUAAACAACGUUCAAUAUCAAUGCAAGAAUUAGGUUUAGCUGCAAAUUCAAAUCUAAAUAUCCGGUAUUUUUCCAGAGAUAAAUUACAUAAAACAGCAUCACUUACAGGUGGUAGUGAUAAUGAAGAUUCCGAUUCAUUUCAAAAUCAACCAGUACAACUACAUUCAUUAAUGAAUUUUCGUGAACCAAAUUCUUCACCAGUUUUUGAAAAUGGUAAAUCUUCGGCGCGUAAAAAUAAUCAUCAUCAACGACAAUCACAACAAACAAAAGAUCCAUUACCUGCACAUCGUAAAUCACCACAUGUUAUUCGACCAGAUUCCUCUACAACAACAACAACAUCAUCAUCAUUUGAAUCAGAUUCAUCAUCAUCAUGUUUAAAUGAUACUGAAUCACAAAUAUGUUCGGAUAAUAAUAAUAUUAAACAAGAAAAUCAUAAACGUUAUAAAAAAUAUUCACAAAAACAAUCCUCAUCAUCAGGUUUAUCAAAAAGUCAACAAUUUUUAUCAUCAUCAACGACAACAAAUUCAAAUCGUUAUAAAGAAACAGGUAUAUCGGCUGCAAUGUCCGAUACAUCUGAAACACCAUCAUUAGCAUCACAUAUACGUCAUAUUGGUAUACCAUCACAUCAAUCAGAAUUAGAUCAAUAUUUGGAUGAUCUUUUUAAUCCAGUUUUGGAUGCACAAUUAGAUGAUGCAAUGAGUGAUGCUCGAUCAUUAGCACAAUCAAUAAAAGGUGGUGCUAAUGAAGUUGAGCAACAUCAAAAUUCAACACGAAUAAGUUUACCAACACAAAUUGAUCAUUCACAAACAGAUAAUACAAAUAAUUUAUCAAAUAGUCAAUUACAAUUGAAUACAAUAGCAUCAUUGAAUGGACAGAUUGUUGAUCCAAAUAUUCUGCAACAACAAGUUAUACAACAACAAAUGUAUCAAAUGCAACAACGUGCAUUUCUUGCAUCAUCAUUACAACAAAAUCUUGAAAUACAAAAACAAUUAUUACAACAAAAUCAACAAUUACAACAAUUAUUAGCACAAACGGUUAGUUCACCAUCAACACCUUCGUUAAAUGGACAGGAUCCAUUAUUAAUGCCACGUAGUACAAGUAUGUCAUCAUUAGCAUAUCCAUUAUCUUCAUUAUCGCCAAUAUUUCCAAUGCAAGCACAAUCGACAACCGAUUUACCGAAUGCAUCUAACAAUAAUAAUAUGAUGCGUCAAGAUCGUGCCAAAUCCGAAAAACCAUCAUCAUCAUCCAAUGUUAAAUCAUUAAUUAACAAUGACCUAAACAUUAAACAAACAUCAUCAUCGACAAAUGGUACAAGCAUAAAAAUUUUACCGAUUCCACCACCGCCACCACCACCACCUGCUUCACCAGGAACCGAUGUAUUUGGUCGUGCUAAAACUGUUCGUAUUGGUAAAUGGCGUUGGCCACCACCAUCCGAACAAAAUCAACAAUCCGGAUCAAAUUUUAUUGAAUUUAAACGUAAAAAACAAAUAGAAAAACAAUGUAAUAAUAAUGAUAAUAAUAAUAAUGGUAAAAAUGAACGAAGUAGUAGUGAAUCUAAUGAUAUAAUACGAUCAAAUGAAUCAGAACAUUCAAAUCAAAAUGAUAAUAAUAAUGGUUCACAGAAUAACAACAUUAACAAUCAACAACAAAUGAAAAAUGUUAUUAUGGGUGUUAAUAAAACAUCCAGUCAUAACAAUAAUAAUGAAAAUAAACAAAAUUCAAAUAAUAAAAUAACAUCCGAACAAAAUUUAAUACAAAAAGAAUUAGUUACAAGAAAAUAUAGUGAUAAUCAACAACAACAACAACAACAAAUACCUGGUAGUAUUGGUAAAUUACGUAUUAGUGUUGAAAUGCGUGCCAAGCUUGAACAAUUGACCAUUGAUCAAAGUGUACGAAGUUCACGUAAAGAUAAUAAAAAAGGUGUUAUACAAAGUCAAAGUAUGGAUGAUUUAGCUAAUAUGGUUUCAGUAAAAAAAUUAAGUGAACAACGUAAAGCAUUACUUGAAAGACAAUUGAUGGGUUCAUUACGUAAUAAUAAUGGUCCACAAACAUCAUUUAUGGAGACUACUAGUACACCAAAUAUUAAACAAUCUGUUGAUAAUAUUGUUGGUUUACAUACGAAUAAUAAUAAUAAUGUUGUGAUAGAUCCACAACAGCCAUCAUUACCAUUAUCGACACAGAAUUGCCAACAACAACAACAAACAUCGGAUAAUGUUAGUUUAGUUAGUUCGAAUUAUGAAUCAUCAAAUGUAAAAAAAUUUAUUAAAAAUCAUCAAAAUCCACAUCGUCAUUCACCGAAUCAAUUGCUACGGAAAAGUGGUAGUCGUGAAUUUCGUGAACGACGUGAAGAAUUAGGUCCAUUUAAUCGAUUUUCCACUGGUUCACAACAAUCAUCAUCAAUAGAUAGACCAAUGUUUACACCGGAUCGUUAUUUUAAAGAUGAUUUUCAUAGUGAAGAUGGUUGUAUAGGUGGUGGUGGUGGUGGUGGCCGUCAUUCAUCAACAUCUACUGAACGUCAUUCUUAUGGUCAUCAUCAUCAUCUAUCACCAAAACGAAAUUCUUCGAUGCAACCAAAUCAUCCACCCCCACCGCCAUCAUCAUUGGAUAUGCAAUCCGAUGGUCAUGUGAUCAAUGGACAUCGUAAUAAUAAUAGUAAUCAUCAUCAUAGUUCAAUAAAUUCAUUGAUUUCAGCCGAUAAAAAACAUCAUCGUCAACCACAACCGGGAGGAUUUUCAUACACUGCAAUGGAUACACCAGAUGGUGAUAUGAUUGGUGGCAACCAAUCAUCAUCAAUUCAAAAAAUUUCUUCCGAAAAAAAUAAUCAUUUUGAUUCAUCAACAUUAACACGUGAUGAUCAUGAAAAGAAAAUCAAAACAAAAUUAUUUCUUAAAAAUGAAAUUAAUUUUUAUGCAUAUUCAAAAUGUAAAUUUCGUUUAAAAAUGCGUAAAGAAAUGUUUACACCAAGUGAAACGAUUGAAAAUCCAAUAUUAUUGGAUUUAAUAUUUUGGCAAAUAGUUAAUGAUGUUUAUCAAACGAAUUGCAUUCGAUUAAAUGAUAAUGAAUGUCAACAAUUACAAAAAUUAUUAAAAUCCGAAGGCAUACAUAGUUAUAAUCCAAAUGUUUAUAGUGCAAAACAACAAUUUAAACGUUCAGUUAUUGAAUGUGCAAAAGAAUUUCCAAGUUAUUUUUGUCGAUUAUAUUCAGUUAAUGGUGGUAAAACAUUAUCAAAUGUUGAUUAUUUUGGUAUAUCACAUUCAUCUGUUUAUCUAUUUAAACGUGAAAAAAAUUCUACAAUCAAUAUUAAUUCAAAACAUGAUGAUUAUCUUUCAAUUGUUGAAAAAUUUAGCUAUGAUGAUAUUCAAGAAAUCCUGAUACCAAAUAAUUGUACAUUUCAAAUAUUUUUAAAUAAUACUGAUCAAUGGAUUACACUGUAUUCAAACAAGGCAUUACAAAUACGUAAUAUAUUGGAAAAAUUUAUCAAUGAAUAUCAACAAACAAAUGUUGAAUUUGUUCGUGCUAUAAAAGAUUGUCAAAAUCAUCAAGAACCAUCAAUGCUUUCAUUUCGUAAGGAUAUGAUCAUUCGUGUUGUUCGUAAUAAACAUCUUCAACUUGCUAAAGGCUGGGCAUUCGGUGUACUUGAAUUCGGUGAAAGUGGUCUAUUUCAAUUAUCAAACGUUAUACCAUUAACACAACAACAAAUUCAAACAUAUCAAUUAAGUCGUAAUUAUCAACAACAAUAUCAUCAAAUGGAUGAAGAUUCAUUUCGUAAUAAUGUUCAUAAUCGAUUAUCAUCAUUAGAUUCUACAAUGAUUAAUGGUAAUGGUAAUAUUGGUAAUGGUAAUGGUCAUCAUCAUUUUAAUGGUAGUAAAGAAGAUGGUCAUUCAUCAAUGAAUACUGCAACAACAACAACAAUGAUGAUGAAUGGUGGCUAUAAUAAUCAUCAUAAUCAUAAUGAACUUAAUAGUUUAUGGAUUGAACAUAGAGCGGAUCAAUUUGAUGAAGAAAAUGUUGGAAAUAUUAAAAACGGUGGUGUUAUCAAUGGUAAUGGUGAUUCAACACCCAAUAUGGGAACAAUAUCAUUAAAUGGUGAUACAAAUGGAAAUUUUUCAUUAUUACAAUUUGCAUUGUUUAAUUUUCGUGAAAGUCUUAAUAAAUAUGAUCUACGUGGCCAUCUAAAAGAUAAUAAUAAUUCAAUUCGUGGUUCAAUAAAAUUAAUUGAAAAUUUAAAAUCAAAACGUAAUUCAAAAAUUAAAAAUAAAAAUGGUACCGAUUCAACUAAUGAUUGGACAUGGAGUGAAUUUGCUAAUCUGGUCAAAUAUUCAAAAACACCGAUUCAAUCAUCAUUAUUAAUGUUACCAAAUGAAUUGAAUAAAGUUUCUGUUGAAUGUUUUUCAGCAAUCAUGCGUUAUAUGGGAGAUUUAUCAAUGUUAAAAAAUCAGAAUGAAGUUGAUUGUGUUUAUACGAUACUUUUGAAUUGUCAUCGUUAUCCACCGAUUCGUGAUGAAGUUUAUUGUCAAUUAAUGAAACAAACAACAAGUAAUAAAAGUCCAAAACUUGAUAGCUGUCAACGAGGUUGGAGAUUAUUUUCAAUAAUUGCAGCAUAUUUUGAUUGUUCCGAAACAUUACGACCAUAUUUAUUUAAAUAUCUUGAAACAGCUGCAUAUGAUAAACGUCGUGCAUUUCAUGUUACAGCAAAUAUAACGUUAAAAAAUCUAAAGAAAACAUUUAAAUUUGGUGGUAGAAAAAAUGUACCAAGUAUUGAAGAAAUUGCAGCCAUAUCGGCUGGUCGUACAUCAAAAAGACAAAUGUAUCGUCUUCCUGGUGGUACUGAACGUAUUUUAAGUACAUCAUGUACAACAGUUGUUAAUGAUAUUAUUGAAGAAAUUUGUUUAAUGUUAAAUGUAACAAAUUCAUUAGAAAUGGAAGAAUUUUCACUUUAUUGUAUUAUUGAAGGUGAUCCAUAUACAAUGCCAUUAAAUAGAGAUGAAUAUAUAUUGGAUGUAACAACUGAAUUAUUAAAAAAUGGUCAAUUAUUUUAUCUAAUAUUUUGUCGUUCAGUUUGGUAUUAUCCAUUAAGAUUGGAUAGUCAUCUUUAUAUUGAAGUUGUAUUCAAUCAAGUAGCACCUGAUUAUUUAGAAGGUUUACUUAUACAAAUACCAGAUGAAAAAUUAUCCGAUGAUUUUGUUCAACAAAUUGCUCGUAUUGCAUCAUUAUUACAUCGUGCUGCCGAACUGGAACAAAUGCCAACCAAAGAUGAGAUAAAAUAUUUAUUACCUAAACCUGUUUUAGCAUUACGAAUAAUAAAACCAAUACAAUGGGUUGAAAUGGUACAAAAUCAUUGGAAUGAUAUGUCAGCAUUAUCACCGAUUGAAGCAAAAGCACAAUGUUUAGAUAUUUUACAAAAAUGGCCAUUAUUUGGUUCUUGUUUUUUUGCUGUCAAACGAAUUCAAAACGAUUUUCACACACAUUUGGAUCAUAUUUUAGCGCUGAAUAAAGAUGGUGUUCAUUUUCUUGAUAUGUCAACACAUGAAAAAGUUUGGCAUCAUCCAUUUGCUGAAGUAAUCUCUACCAGGAAAGUUCGUUCCGAAGAUGGUACAUUAUAUUUAGAUAUGAAAUGUGGUAAUUUAAUGGUACAGAAAAUUACAAGAAUUCAAACCGAUCAGGCACAUGAAAUAUCACGCCUAAUCAGUCAAUAUAUUGAAAUUGAACAACAUUUUAAAAACGGAAGAAGUUCAUCACAACAACAACAAAUGAAUGGAAAAAUCGAAGAAGAUCAAUCAUUAAGUGAUCAAUCAACUUGAUUUAUAAGGAAAACAUAGUUUUUUUCAAACAAAUUGUGAAUACAAUUUGAAUAUAAGUGCCAUACAGUUUUUGUUCGACGUUGACAUUAUCAAUCACCAUAAUUGAUCGAUGUUCGAUACUAUCGAUGAUCGAUGAUAAAUCGAAUAAUAAUCAAAGCGGGAAAAAAAUUUUUUUGAUGAUUUUUUUUUCUUUUUCCUGAAACUAUUGCUGGGCCAAGGUGAUUUGGCUAUUUUAUUCCUAUAACAAUCAUCAUCAUCAUUCCAUAUGGUCAUACCUGAUUUUCCUCAAACACACACAACUUUUUUUUCUCCUCUAUUUUAUCAUGUAUUUUUUGUUCCAUCAUCAUUUUUUUCUUUUUUGAAAGUUUUUCUUCCAAAUGCUUCUCAAAUCAUUAAUCGUUAAC